AUGGAUGAUAGCAUCAUUCAGGUGCCGCUCUACACGGCUACCUCUGCCUGGCGAAGAGAGGCGCAGCUGCGCGGGCUGCUGCGCAACCACCCAAGCGUCAUUGCAAACAGCGGCCCUCUUGCGGCUCCUGGAACCGUGUUCAGUACUGCACGACUGGCACCACACAAUAGCGAGAGUGUGCUGGCGAUGGGCCUCAGCCCACUGGGUGGAGGCGGCAGCAUCGGGCUGAUGGCAUUUGAUAGCACCGAGCCAACGCUUGAGGGGGCAACACGCAUGCGGUGGCUUGACAUGCUACCCGACGUGUGCUUGAGCGGUGUGGAUUGGUGCAACCAGUUGCUCCUUGUCGGCAGCACCCGCGGACGCAUCUUUGUAGUGGAGAUCGACCCACGCAGUGUGAAUGAGAGUAGUGGGACGUUGGAACCCACUGGGUGUUUAAUGACCAGGGAUGUACAGCAGACGGUUGGUGACAUUAUCGUUACACCGAGCAGCCACGCCGCAUCGACACUUGUUCGCAGUGUGCGGUUCAACACUGGUGUGAAUGCAUCUAGCGUUGUGGCGGUGUCGGACAGCCGUGCCAUGGUGUGGGACAUGGAGGGUGACGCUUACCCCGUCCGUACUUGGUCCUCCAACGCGGAUAUCAAUGGUGAGCAUGAUGCCUUUCUUUUUGCGCAGUGGGCGCCGCGCAGUGAUGCCGUUGUGCUCACCGGUAGCUACAAUGGCAGCCUUAUGCUAACCGACAUGCGAGAGGAUGACCGUGCUAUGAAAAGUUUGACGCUGCCGAUGCGUCUUGGAUGUAUGGUGCGGUGCGCGGACUACAACACGCUACUGCCCUUUGUUGUGGCAGCUGCGUCGUCGGAUGGCACCAUCUCGGUGUUUGACUGUAGGUAUCCAUACAGCGCGGUGCGCACAAUUCCAUCUUUGCAGGGUGAUGUCUCGUCAAUCAAGUGGCUGAGGCUCCACCCAGAUCUCCUCGCCACCGGUGGCAUUGAUGGCUCAGUUUCUAUGUGGAACCUGCGGUAUCCCCCGACUUAUUGCGUUGGGCGUGCCCAGUACAAGUACCUUGUGGCCGACCUCGCGGUGACGCCGUCAUCGGUGGAGCAACGCGUGUUUGGUGUUACAGGCGGUGGAGAGCUGACACUAACAGGACUAUUGCAACCGGCACUUGCUGCCCUCUCUUCGUCAAUAACUGACCGUGUGAGCCCGCAGCAGGUCGGUGAAGAGGCACCCCAUCUAAGAGAGCGUGAACGACAAGCCGCAGGCCUCCUCUAUGCGAGGCAGCUGCGUGCGGCGUAUGAGAUUAUCACCGAUUGUGCUGUCGAGCGUUUUAACCGCAAGGAAACAGCAAUGGCGAUGGCGCUCGUUGCUCUUAUGGACGUUAUGAUGAUACCCAAGUUUGACUACAAGGAAAAGGUUGAAGAGGAGGCACAGCGUGUUUUUGGUAUGGAGGCAGCCUCGCAUUCACAGGCUUUGCAAGCAUUCAAUGAGCUUAUUGUGCGUUCAAGCGAACGGCUCUGCAUUACAUUGCCUCUCGACAAAAUUCGGGAGCUCGUACGACCCAAUCCCGAAGAUCUCAAGAAGCUUGAGGCACUUCGGCUUAAUUUGCUACUGCAACACGUUCUGCACUCUGGAGAUGCCGGGACAGUUAUUAGUGGUGUGCAACUCUUUGCUGCCAACGCUGGGAAUCUUGACCUUGUUGAUAGUGAGACUGCCUGCAACAUUGCCACGAUGUUGUUGAAGGAGAAUUACACCGAAGGAGAGAAAUUUGUUCGCACCUUGUUGUCCUUGUUGAUCCAGCGCGACGGUGCUGCUGUUGCCCGCACAUUGACACGCCGCCUACUUAUUGUAGUACAAGAGCCUCUCAUAACGGCGGGCCUGCCUUCCCGUCAGGCGAAGCGACACGAAGAACGCUUUCUUCGUAAUUUGUUGGUUGCACAAGAGGCUAUAGAGGUUCAGUUGGAGAUUCAAGGCAUGGGCAUUGAGCGGUACAAUCAGGUGAUUUCCACAGUGAACAGUUACCAAGGGCGUUGCCUUGAAAGGGGUGAGAGUGGCAUCUUUGGGUGGUUGGCCGUGAAGCCCCUUCUUCUUUUUCUGCAGUGUCUUACAGCAGAUUCUAACUACGCCACAUUCUUUUGGGCGUGUGUGCAGCUGAUUGAAGCAUUUGCCAAGUGCCCAGGCGUGCAUCAGGUGGAGGCUGUCCUCUUUGGCACCGUCGACCGCAUUCACACUGCUGCGAAUCGCAUUCGUAGUGAUGUACAACAGGCGGCCAGCACAACUCGCUUCUCCCCACCCGUGCUCCGGGAGGCGGGCAAAACACUUGGCACAGUCCUCGACUUCCUUGUGGUGUUGCUCCGUGUACAGCUUGAGUGUGAGAAUGUGGCAAUUGAGAGUAAUAUGCCGCAAAUACCGCCCGUUAUGGCGCGCAUUUUCGACAUCCUCAGCACAGCAUCGUCAGACCUCUUAGAAGCAUGGGCAGCACUCCUCGACACACUGGCAGCUUGCGCAUUGCGUGACCUUGUGCGGAAGUGCUGCCUUGGCUUUGUGCGAAAUUUUUCUCUCAGUGUUGAGGAGCUGAUGGAGGUUUCGGCCAAAAAAGAGGAGGAUGAGACGCUGAACGAGAUACUUGACACGUGCGAUGACUUCCUCAACAAACUUCUCGAACAUGGCGACUAA